AUGGUUGGUGACAUGUCUGAUAAUUUCAUAAUUGCACCUGAAAAACUGACUGGUCGAAAUAACUAUGAUUCUUGGGCUCGUAUUGUUCGCAUGUCCAUUGCCCGCAAGAAGAAACUUGGCUAUAUUACUGGAUUAGAUUCUCAUCUCGAUGGAGCUCGUGCCCAUGUGCUUCGUUCUGAUCCCCUUCCUGAUGUCCUAGAAACUUAUGCCAUGAUUUGUGAGGAGGAUACUCGCUUAAAAACUAUGGGGAGUGAGGAAAAUACAAGUGGUAGUGCCUUAGCUGCACGUAAAGGGAAGGAGGGCAGCUUAUAUGAGUCUCCAAAACCCUUCUUCAAAUCUGGUUCGGGUGGAUCAAAUUCGGCUAAAGAUGAGCGUAAAUGCACUCAUUGUAAUGGUAAAAAUCAUAUUGUGGAUAAAUGUUGGAAGCUUCAUGGUCGACCUGAUUGGACAGAUGAACUUAUUACAAAAAAACAAGGAAGUAGAGCAUCACUUGCUACUACUCCAACUAUUGAAAAUGAAGAUGAGGCCAAGUCAGGAUCUACAUACUCAGGAGGAGAUUGGACGUGGUUUUAA